AAAUAAGCUAUUAACUCUAUUAAAUUUAGUGUGACAAACGUGAAAAAGAGAGAAAUUAAAGAUAAUGGGAAAAGGAGGAAGUGUUGGUGAAGUUGCCUCUCUUUCAGAGAACAGGGCUGCUUGGCUAUAUGGAGUUAAUGAUCUUAGGAUUCUUCCUUUUGAGCUCCAUGCUCUCGGACCUAAAGAUGUGAGAGUAAGAAUGAAGGCUGUUGGAAUUUGUGGGAGUGAUGUGCAUUAUUUAAAGACAAUGAGCUGUGGUGAUUACCAUGUGAAAGAGCCUAUGGUGAUCGGUCAUGAAUGUGCUGGGAUUAUUGAAGAAGUCGGAAGCGAGGUCAAUUCACUCGUUCCGGGGGAUCGAGUAGCUCUUGAGCCCGGGAUUGGUUGUUGGCAGUGUAACAGGUGCAAAGAAGGGUCUUACAAUCUCUGCCCUGAUAUGCGCUUCUUUGCUACCCCUCCUAUUCAUGGAUCUCUUGCUGAUCAGAUUGUGCAUCCUGCAGACUUAUGUUUCAAGCUGCCUGAAAAUGUCUCAUUGGAAGAAGGGGCAAUGUGUGAGCCAUUAAGUGUUGGUGUGUAUGGUUGUCGCCGAGCUAAUGUUGGUGCUGAGACUAAUGUUUUGAUCAUUGGUGCUGGACCAAUUGGCCUUGUCACAUUGCUGUCAGCUCGUGCUUUUGGUGCUCCUAGAAUAGUAGUAGCAGAUAUGGAUGAUCACCGUCUCUCUGUUGCAAAGAGCCUUGGUGCUGAUGGAGUUGUUAAAGUUUCAUCGACUAUAGAGUUUGUCUCAGCAGAAGUGGAUGAGAUAAAGAAAAUAAUGGGAAAAGAUAUAGAUGUAACUUUGGAUUGUGCUGGUUUUGAGAAAACUGUGUCAACUGCUUUCGGUGCUACUCGUAGUGGUGGUAAGGUGUGUUUGAUUGGAAUGGGUCAUUGCAAUAUGACUGUUCCUCUUACACCAGCUGCAUCAAGGGAAGUAGACGUGUUGGGUGUUUUCCGAUACAAGAAUACAUGGCCACAAUGUAUAGAGUUCAUAAGCACCGGGAAGAUUGAUGUGAAACCUUUGAUUACUCACCGAUUUGGAUUCACUCAAGAAGAUGUGGUGAAGGCUUUCGAGACUAGUGCUAAGGGUGGCAAAGCUAUUAAGGUCAUGUUCAACCUUUAGAGGAUCAACGGAUUAGGGCAUUAGUUGAUUAGUAUUUUGACUAUUUUCACCAGAACAAACAAUAAAGUGUAUCCUACUUUUUUAGGAUCUCUAAGAUACAGUUGUAAAUUAAGAUUUUGAUUAUGUAACGAGUUUCCACAAAUAAAUUUUCUAUUCUUAGUAAUUUUCAUCCAUGAAGGCCUGAGUAUGUUGAUCAUUAGCUACAUCAUC